AGCAGUUUAGGGAAUACGGAAUUUGGUUUUGCGCGUUUUAACGCCCAGGGAUAAGUGAUAACCAGUAGGGUAGUCGAUGAAUAUGUAAUCUGUAUAUGUAAAGUCCCCACGUGUUACUAUCAUUUCCAGAAAAGAGCCUCCCAGUGAACAUUCCAACAGAGCGCGCGGCUGUCAUGCUUUUCUUAAACUUGGGUCACUUUCCAUUUGUCAUCGGAGUUGUCUUUGCUAUGAAUUAGGUUUGUAUCCAGUUGGUCGGCUUUUAAGUGACUUUCGGGUCUGAAACAGCAACAAAUGGAUCCUUUAUUCAAUGUCACCAAUGCGCCAAAUUGGACCAGCGACACCAACGACACAAGUAACGGGACCGCGUACUGGAACCAGUUUGUGCAGCCAGUGUGGAGAAUUGUGCUCUGGGCCAUUGCGUACAGCUGUAUAGUCAUUGUGUCCGUGGUCGGAAAUCUCACAGUGAUCUGGAUUAUUAUGGCGCAUAAACGCAUGAGGACUGUCACCAAUUAUUUUCUACUGAACCUGGCGUUCGCGGAAGCCUCCAUGUCCGCCUUCAACACGGUGAUCAACUUCACGUACGCGGUGCACAACGAGUGGUACUUCGGACUGGUCUACUGCCGCUUUCACAACUUCUUUCCCAUCGCGGCCGUCUUCGCCAGCAUUUACUCGAUGACCGCCAUCGCUCUGGACAGGUACAUGGCCAUCAUCCACCCUCUGCAGCAGCGCAUGUCCUCCACAGAGACCAAGGUGGUGGUGGGAGUGAUCUGGGUGCUGGCUCUGCUGCUGGCUUUCCCCCAGUACUACUACUCCAACACGGACCAGCUCCCCGGCCGGGUGGUGUGCUACAUCGACUGGCCCGAGUACACCGUGUACGACUUCAGAAAGAUGUACUAUGUGUGCGUGGCCAUCCUGAUCUACUUCCUUCCUCUACUGGUGAUGGGUUGUGCUUACCUGGUGGUGGGACUGACUCUCUGGGCCAGCGAAAUCCCUGGAGACUCCUCUGACCGCUACAAGGAGCAGCUUACCGCCAAGCGCAAGGUGGUGAAGAUGAUGAUCGUGGUGGUGUGUACGUUUGCCAUCUGCUGGCUUCCCUACCACGUCUUCUUCCUGCUGCACGAGGUCUUUCCUGCCAUAUUUGAAAAAACGUUUAUCCAGCAGGUUUACCUGGCCAUCAUGUGGCUGGCUAUGAGCUCCACCAUGUACAACCCCAUCAUCUACUGCUGCCUCAGCGACAGGUUCCGUGCUGGUUUCAAACAUGCCUUCCGUUUCUGCCCGUGUGUCCCUCGAGGCACUUACAAUGGCCUGGAACUCAAGUCCACUCGCUACCUUCAGACCCAGACGAGUGUUUUCAAGGCCAGCCGGAUGGAGACCACUGUGUCCACUGUCCUCCAGGUUGGGGAUGACGUGCAGCAGCCCAGGGUCAGGGUGAUAGCAGCUCCACGACCCGGUGGGGCUGUGGUCGGAGCAGGACCACAUAACUCCUCCGUGGACCUCAUCUCCAAUGGGUCGUCGUCCCGGAGCGUCUCCAAAACCGUAUCGGAGACGUCCAGUUUCUACUCGGGUAACAACCUGCCGGAAUAGACUUCUAACGCAGGUGGCAUUUCGCCAGACAGCAGAAAGAGAGCAAGAGAGAGAAAAGGAAAGAGUUGAUUGUUCACAGAGUUGCUGUUGCCUGUGUAUGUUCACGCAAAAGAACAACGUGGACGUGUGUGUGCCAGCGACUGGCUGCGUUUUUGAUGAAUAAAUGUCUAGUGAUUUGACUGGAAUGUCGUGUUAGCUCGUUUGCAAGUGAGACUUGCAAGUUGCUGUUCACCGAUUGCUGUCGUCACCCACAACGCCCUUGUACAAAGGAUUCGUGCUGCUCACUGUAAAUAAUCAGCUGCCAUUAGAAAAGGUUUACUCAUUGCCAAAAAAAAGAGAAGAAAACAAAUGUGAGAAAGAGCACAUUGAUGACAUCCAGUUCAAAAGCUAAACUGAAGCAGACGCUAGCACCUCCGAUCUUCACAGCCUCCGCCUGUCACACUAGCCUUCUCUCAGUGAAGAGUGAAGGUUCACACAUCCUCAAUCACACACGUAGGCUAUUUUGGAGCACAGCUAUGACAUGAGACCAGCAUGCUGUGAACGCAAAGAAGGGACGGGAAGUGGAGAUCUCUAAUGAAGGAAACCUGGUGUUCACAGGAAGAUACACAUUGGGAAGAGGUGAUAGUGAGAGAAAAAAACAAUGAUGGUAAAACUUUGAGUUUUCCAUGUGGGAGCGUUUCGCAGGCUCGUUCGCGGGAGCGCGAACAGAUCCAGAUGCCAUCUGUAUCUCCCCGAGCAGAUGAUGACUGUCUAUCUGGCUGAAUGAGUGCUCCAAGGAUCCCCUGCCGUCAUGCUGAAAGGUUCGAGCAAUCAUCUGAACUCCAAAUGCUGAAGAUGGGAGUGAGAUUUGGUGUGGCUUGAUACCGCUGAACCCGAGCGAUACUGGUGUAUAGCUUCGAGAUCGAUCGGCAAUCUAAAGUAGAACAAAUGUUCCAGUUUCCCACAGAAUGAAUAGAGUUUCACGAUAAAAAGUGUUGCCUCGGCUGCCUGUCUGUGUUACUCGCUCCGCCUUUAAUACGACACAUGACAAGGCUCCACUUUCAAACUGGGAAAUAUUAAUGGUAGCUCCAUCAGCAGCUCCACCCUUCCACCUGGCAGCAACAUGCACUCCGUGUCUUAAUGUGAUGUGGCUGGAUGACAUGUUCUCAUUACCUGUCUCAUGUGUGUGCUUUUGGUUUGUUAAUGUAGCUACAGUCCUCUGUGACCGUGAUUUAGUUGAUCAGAUCUUCACCUCUCUCAAAUAAUGUAAUCCAGUCGUUCAAGAUGCAUAUUCGUGUCAUGUUUAAGGGUCGUUGUGGAUGCCACAUCCUAGCAUGUUGACAGGCGGCUUGUUCGCCGCAGCUCGUUAAUGUGCAGCAGCAUAUUGUCUGUAAAAGGGCGAGUGUUGCAGAGACGCUGCUCACUCGGCAGGGUUCCAGGAAACGGUUGGUUAGAUAACGGGCUACGGAAGCCUAAUGGGGGGAAAGUGUCUUAACCUCCUACAGUGGUAAACAAAAACACACACACACACACACACAAUUAAGUACACGCACACAAAUAUAACUACUGUAAAAAUUGCAUGGGGUUUUAGUGAAAACAUCUGAAUCUCGUCUCCGUACUUCAGUGGCAAGCGGCUGCAUUAGUUUCAACUCGUAUCACGAUAAUCACUUCAUGAUUCCACGCAUGGUUUGUGUUGGUUUAAUGGAAGGCAGAAUAGUUGUAUUACAAAUAUCCUGGAGUGAGCUUAAUAACAAAAUCUAGUUUCACACAUUUUGAUGUAAUUCAUCUUUUGGUUGUGUUUUUUACCAAAGCUUAAAUUUCUCCUUCUUUGAGAAAAGCAUGUCACAUUAAUAAAUGGGUCAAUAAUACAAAUAGGGAAUAGAAAAUGGACCACAGCAAAGUUUUGAAUAUUCCUGUUCCUUUCUGAACUGAUAUCCCGAAAGAAAUUCAGCAGUAGCAGCAGCACUAUAACAUUCAAUUGAGUUGAGUCUGUCCCAUAAACCUUCUUCACGAAACUUAUUUAACUCAAUACAUUUGACAAAGGAAGCCAUUUGAAAAAGUUAAAUCUCUUUGAAUUUAAAAGUAAAGUUGAAACUGAAUUGAAGAUUUCAGUUCUGGUCCAACUGAAUUUAGAGUCAUACCUAAGCUGUCAUUUCAAAAAAGGUUUAAAUUAGCUAGUUUUAAGUUUGCUGCAAGAUGAUCAAAAGUUCAACCAUGAUUUAAUCGGGUUUAAAGGUUCACUCUUGUUGAUGCAACUCUCUUAGCAAAGUAUUUAAAAUUUGAAAUGAGAUUUUUCUUUAAAUAUUUAUACAAAAUAUGGACUCAAUCCUGUUUUAACCCUUGUGUUGCCUUCGGGUCAUUUUGACCCGAUUCAAUAUUUAACCCUCCUGUCGCCUUCGGGUCAAUUUGACCCGAUUCAAUGUUUAAUGUCGGUGUUCUUUCGGGAGUCAACAAACAAACAUAAAGUACCUCACACUUAAACUUGGAAAACAAUAUUAAUUCUAAUAAUUUUCUGGAGAUUUUAAUAGCUGGGGUCAUAUUGACCUCAAGGGUAAAAUAUGUUAGUAAAUAUAAAGGUAACAGGAGGGUUAAACAUUGAAUCGGGUCAUAUUGACCCGAAGGCGACAGGAGGGUGAAACAU